AUGUGAUAAAAACCGAAGGAGUGAGCAAAUGUCAACAAGUGGGCCUAAGUCAGGCACACAUUGCUAUUGCGUGCUCGAGUGAAAUCUGAAAGUUGACUGUAUCAGUACCAGUAACUGCUAGAUUCUAGAUCUGACAAGAAUGGCAGGAAACGUGUCGGAUGAACAAGAAAAUGUUUUCAAAAAUUUGGAAGACAACAUUUCUCUUGUGUCAAAGCAAAUCAGAGAUGGUGAGAGCAAACGAGAGGAAAAUGCUGAAUUUGACAAAGAGGCUUAUUGGAUCAGAAUAGGUGCAAUAUUUAAGGUCCUUUCUGUUGAGACAACGAAGAUGUCCCUGGCUUUUUCAAAGAGGCCUUUUCCAUCUCACAAGAAUACACAACAGAUGGCUCAAGAACUCGAGAAAGGAAUGCUGACUUUGGUGUCCGCGUACUACUCUUUGCCAGUGGCUCAAGGAGCCAGUCUGCGUCGACAUCUUCAAGCUGCUGUCUUGCAGGUCCUGGACAGUUUGGCAGGCUUUGUGUCUGCUUUAUCGAGCUGUCUGCAGCCAGAUGACAAACACAGCGGAAGACUGCAGUGGACUGGUGGUGUGUGGGAGGCAGCAGGUUUUAUACUGUUGAAAGAUAAUCGGGAAUGUGCCUUGAAGAGCCUGAAAGAUACGUCUGAGUUGGUAGAAGAUGCCUUUGGGGAAAUCGAACAGGCUACUGAAAAUGACGGGCAAGCAGAAGACUUCAUGGGGGAAGACGAUGGUGUAAUAACUAAUGAUGCAGUGUGGUCAGAGCAAGACAAAGAGGUGGUGAAGGCUUGUACUGGACUGGUGAAGGCCACAAAGACUAUCCUCAAGAAGUCAAAAGAAAGUGUUCGUAAGCACAGCACGGUGGAUAGUCCAGAAGGAGUGAGAGUGUUGGAUGAACUCGUGGAUUUUGUCCGGGAUGUAAGCCGCUCAGUGGAUGACUUUGUCUGCGGCAUUUAUGCUCCCAUCAACUACGCAUCACUGAAGCAGAAUGGGAAAGUGCUUUCUCAGCUGAAUGGUCAGAUUCUCAAGUUUCUCAGGGACAGCAGCUUGACCGUCGCUGAGGAUGAGAAGUGGUUGGACUUUUUGUCCCAGGCUAACACCCACAACCUGAACAAGCUGACUCAGAGUACUCUCCCCCAGAGUGAAGAAGGCUAGACAUUUAUUGACAAAACCUGAUAAUGAAUAGAUGUCAUAUGAGUAUUUUGCGUAUGUUCUUAGUAUUGCGAGAUCCAGCGACUGUGUUUGUGUAGGUCCAGGCCUGUCUUGACUUGUCCAACCUGCCAGUGGACUGAGAAAAGUGAAGGUGGCUGAUGGCUGUGUACGACCAAAUGGGCAAUUACAAUAAAGGACUUCCAUUUUUUCUUUCAUGGCAAAAGUCAGAAUUAGUCGUUAUAUGUUAUGUUUCCUUGAACUUGUUUUGUAAUAUAUUUCUAUUUUGAGAGACGCUUGUAUCAGAAAGAAGAUUUUGUGUGAAGGUAGGCUUUACCCACUGGGCUUUUCACUUUUUCAGACCAAAGCCUAUGAUAUUUAUUUCCUUUUUAGUUGUAGUAAGAUUUUUACGGCACCUGCAACACAAUAAGGUCAUGUAAGUGCCAAAUAUCCAGUUUUCUCGACUUGUCUUAAGCAAGCUGUGCAGAUUGUAGUGAAAAUUUCCCUUUGUCAAGCUUAACCUGUCGGCGUGUUUCGCAGGUCAGAGCAUGCAUUUAGAGCAAGUAACCGUGCGUGUGUACGUCUAAAUUAUAUUAUAGUAAAAAACCCGUCCGAAGACAAACGCGUACGUUUGGGCAGAGCGUGCUUUUGUAUGGCGUGCAUUUAGCCGGAGACUACUGUAGAAGUAUCUCAGUCUUUCUGCUGGGAUGCUGUAUCCUUCUGAGCCCUGGUUGGCCCUGACGACAGACGGAGUCAGAAGCCGGCCUUCUAAGUGAUCUAAAUUGUGUCUAUGGGGAUGUAAAACAAUGUCAAGAAUGUGCAUUUUGUACCAAGGCAGUGGACAUUCAAACCGUUGAUGUCAGGGAUAAACUCAUCAUGGUGCUGACACUGUUGAUCUUUUGAUGCCAAUAUCAUGCAGCUGUCUUCUUCCAAUCUGUCCCCGUCUUUUUAUGCAAGAAAAAUUCAGAAAUUAUGCAAACUGAGCCCAAAAAUGUGAAAUUAUGCGAUUCUGUUAAUUUUAACAAAGAAUAAUAAAGUAAAAUAAUCAGAAAUUAUGCAAAAAAUUAUCAAAUUUUGCUAAAUUAUGCGGGGUGCAUAAAACCACGGGGACAGUCCAUUGCCUCAAUAUGAGGCCUCAGGCAUAAGCACAUAAUUAUACUCUUUACUUCUAUUGAUGCACUGGAAACCAUGUAACUUUAUUCACUGGAACAUAGACCUUGUUUUGCCUGUCUGGAAGAGAUUUGUUAUAGUUACAUUACUAUUGUCAUGCAAUUUUAAUUUGUGAGUGUAGGCCUAUUUGAUUAAAAAGUGCAAGCAUCUGUGGUAUGAUAAUUAAAUUUUGAUUUGAAAGAGCACAGACAUGUGGUACAUGGUAACACUUUUCGACUUGAGAGUUUAAGUUAGGAAGAUAUUUUAUCAAGUACAAAUGUAUCCUUCUUUCUGCUUGAAUGUAUCUCGCACAGUCCAGAUUAGAAGGAUGGAAGUCGCUUGCCUUUUAAAUGAUUUUUAUUGUGUCGAUGGGCAUGAAAUAUUUCAGGUCAGAAUCAUAACAUGAGAAAUUAUUUCCCUAUGAUUUGUGGUGUAUGAAAUACUCAUUUUGAUUUUAUGAGAGGAGGCCUGACUGAACAGUGAUAAUAAACUGCAUUUGGAAAAUUCA